AUGAAAGAAAGGGUUGACUGGUACCAUGAAUGGACAUCGAAGAUUUUAAAAACUAAAGCCGAUACAGGAUGGGUUUCAGGAUGUUUAGACCUUAAAGCAGAUAAAACUUAUGUUAACGAUGAGUUAGAGAAGAAAGCAAAUAAGAACCAUACACAUACAAGUUUUACAACUGUUGCUAUAGAAAGUAUUGAAGGAACGGUUGAAGAAACUGGUGGGGAUGCAAUAUAUUGUAAACCUCCUAACUUUCCACAAGGUUUAACAUCGGAUGACGACAUAACGACGAUGAAAAACAUUAGAUGUAAAGAUGUUUAUGUCAUGAAGGAUGAACAUAAUAUUAAAUUCACUGCUCAAGAUUUAUAUGACAAGAAAGCAGACAAAACAGAGCUUCAAACAUUAAAGACAGAAAUGCUUCAAACAUUAUAUCCUAUAGGCUCUAUUUAUACGUCAAUGAACUCUACCAGACCAGAAACAGUUCUGGGUUUUGGAACUUGGACUCAAAUAGUCGACAGGUUUUUGUAUUGUGCAAACUCUUCAAAGGAAACAGGUGGAAGUAAAACGAUUUCAGGUGAAAAUUUACCUGCACACAGUCACUACAUAGAUUUAAGUACAUCUCAAGCAGGUUGGCAUAAGCAUAGAUAUUGGGAUUGGUCAGCAAUGACAAAAGGUAAAGGAUAUGAUGUUAAAGACAACGUUAAGUUUGCUAUAAAUUGUUUCUGGAGUAACACUGAGGGAGGAGGAAACCAUACACAUCGCGUUUCGGAUAUACGCAAACAACGGGACAAAGUAAAGAAUACAUGCCACCUUACAUGA